CUCAGGUUGUUAAAGUGUGUUCUUAGCCUUGCAUGUUUGCUACAGUUGCUAAUAAGGGGUUUUCAUAUGGCAAAAAGAUGUUUAUUUUUUUCCUCAUUGGGAGAAAUAUUUUAAAGAGGAAAUAUAAAUACAAAUAUUAUAAAUUGUUUUAACUUUGAUAAACAGACAUUAAUUUGAUAUAUGAACCAGUCUUAAUGGCAAGGGGCACAUCCUGUAUGUAACAUACCUGUUAAGUUGAAAACAUGAGAAUCAACAGAACCAUAAUUGAUUGAAUCUCUAACCACUGUGGAAGUUAACUGGUGUUGCCAAACUUAGAUAUGUGUUUCUGAAAGCAUAGGCUGUAUAUAAAUACCUGGGAAUGGCCUCAUCUUUCUUGAGAAGUUUCUGGGGGAAGAAAAUGAACUUUUUUUUAAAAAUGGGAGAGACUUUGGCCAAUAAAGAAUAGAAAGUAGGGGCACAUUCUAGAAGCAGUUUGGAGGCUUCAGAAUACAAGAUAUGAAUGAAUGAAAUGAGUGGAACUGAUCCUGGAGCAAAUUUAUAACUUUCUGUGUCCUGACCAUACUCAUACAUACCUUCCAUUUGUUUGAUUGUUCAUUCAUUCAACAAAUAAUUGAGUGCCUUCUAUGUGCCAGUGUCGGACACAGUGAAUAAAACAGAAGGCUCUCUGUCCUCCUGGAAUUUACAGUCUGGUGAGAAGGAUAAACACUGAGCAGGGAAUAGAAGCAUAAUCACUGCUACCAAAGAAAAAGUACAAAGGUGCAACCAGAGCGUGUAACUAGGGGCAGGGGAAAGGUGAAGGGUUCGGGAGGAGAUGGGAGGUUUAGGGCCAGCCUCCCUGGAAACCAGAAAGAUGAGUACGUGUUAGCUAAGCAAAGAAUAGGAUGGGAUUAAGAAAGUUCUAGGAGGAAAAAUAGCAUGAGAAAAAACCCUUAGCCAAAUUAAAGAACAAAAUUUGAGAAGUUAAAAGAAAAGCAGUAUGGCUACAUAGACUGUAAUAUGCAAGGUGGGAGAGUGACACAAUAAGACUGAGAAUCUGGCAGGAACCAGAUUGUGAGGUUUAAAACUCUGGAAACUAUGGGAAAGAUCUGAAACUUUAUUCUGAGGAAGCUAUUCAAUAGGAAGCUACUGAAUGGUAAGAAAUGUAGUGAAAUGAUCAGAUUUGCAUUUGAAAAAAUUAUUCCAGAUUUGAAAUUAACUGGUAUAGCUCCAGGAGUCAGCAUUAUCUUUCAGUUUUAAAUCACUAAACAUAUCCCUUCUCCCAACUAUCCCUAUAAAAUGUUACUUCAUCCCUCUGGUGGGAUAUACUACUUACCAUAAAAUCAUACAUAUGUGGAGUAAGAGCAGGGUAUAAAAAGUAAAGCAGCCAAAGGAUGUUACAAAGAGCGAGAACAUUAGUUCCAGCACUGAGAUUGAAAUUUAGUUAAACUGAGGUUAAUAGUAUUUCCCUUCUGAAAAACGCUAUGGUGUAUUUAUUUGUUGGCGCUCUAAAAUAGGACUUUUAGUUAGUCUCUGGGAUCCGAGCGAAGAAUACUUCAGCAGAAGCAAAUUCAGGGGACUGAUAUAACACUUAUAUUGAUUUGAUGCAGGAUAAAUUUGAACACACUUGAUACUGAAAUAGAUAUUGGCUGUUGACCGACCUCUGUUUGUUAGUGUCAUUUGAUAGUCUGUAGGCUAAGGACUACAGAAAUUUAUUUAUUAAUAACAGAGUCAUUCAUCCUGAUCUUGUUUCUCAUUCCAUUUGUGAUGUAGGAAUCAGGGGUACAGGGCAGCUUGAUUGAAGAAAUCUCGAUUACAUUGAUACUCCAAGUAUUUAUCCCCUACCUCUGAAAGCAGGAAGGGAUUGUAAUUGGGUUAGGACUUUGCAUGGGUUAUCUGAAGGACUUCUGAAGCUUUGAAAGAAACUGGGUCUGACUGGCAGUACUGCACAAGCUUGCCUGCCAUGGGCUGUCGGGAUGUCCAUGCAGCCACAGUCCUCUCCUUCCUGUGUGGAAUCGCCUCGGUAGCAGGCCUCUUUGCGGGGACUCUGCUUCCCAACUGGAGAAAAUUACGACUGAUCACGUUCAACAGGAACGAGAAGAACCUGACUGUUUAUACAGGCUUGUGGGUGAAGUGUGCCCGGUACGACGGAGGCAAUGACUGCCUGAUGUACGACACUACCUGGUACUCAUCAGUUGACCAGCUGGACUUGCGGGUCCUCCAGUUUGCCCUGCCCCUCAGCAUCCUGAUCGCAGUGGGGGCCCUGCUGCUCUGCUUGAUUGGAAUGUGUAACACAGCCUUCAGGUCCUCAGUGCCCAACAUCAAACUGGCCAAGUGUCUGGUCAAUAGUGCAGGCUGCCACCUGGUGGCUGGGCUGCUGUUUUUCCUGGCGGGUACUGUGAGCCUCUCCCCAUCCAUCUGGGUCAUCUUUUAUAACAUCCACCUGAACAAGAAGUUUGAGCCAGUCUUUAUGUUUGACUAUGCAGUAUAUGUCACUAUUGCUAGUGCUGGGGGCUUGUUUAUGACUUCCCUUCUACUAUUUAUUUGGUACUGUGCAUGCAAAUCUUUACCUUCUCCUUUCUGGCAACCACUGUACUCCCAUCCUCCCAGUAUGCAUACAUAUUCACAGCCCUAUUCAGCACGCUCUCGCCUUUCUGCCAUCGAGAUCGACAUUCCAGUAGUUUCACACACCACCUAAUGGGGACAUAGUUGCUAAAGAAAACUUGGGGCCUCACAUUUCCCUUGUGCAAGGAGCUGUUUUGGACCUAUGUACAUUUUCCUUUGUUUCUGAUCAGUCAAUGAAGCCAAAUUUGUAUGUCUUGGUGGGAUGAAGUGCUGCUAGUUUUUAUGAAAAGUACAAUAUUUCAAAUGUGAAUCAUUCCUUUUAUCUUGCUUCUUAUGCUAGAAGGAUUUUUAACCUCCAGGUUGAUACCUGAUCAGUUAUUUACGUGAAAAGGACCUGUGUCUCAAUUGAGGUGAUUUAGAGCAACACAGUAAAGUGAAAAAUGAUUGCUAACAGAAGCUGUUGUAUAAGAUCCUUGUGAAUAUUUCAGAAUGUGUAUUGUCCUUUUUCUAUAAUACCUUAAAUUGGGGGAAAAAAAGGGGCAAUUUCAAAUUUAAAAUUUUUUUUCAGGUAAGGGUAAUAUUUUAACAGUAGCCAGUCUACCAGCUUAUGCUAUAACUUUUCUUACUUCUUGGGGCUAAUUGUAUUGAAUAGAGUUCGGUAUUUUGAAGAUGACUUUCUUUUGUGAGUUCUUAUCUUCUACCUCAUGCCUGUGUUUAAAAAUAAAAUGUAUUUUAAGUAUGUCAGAGAGAAUAAGCCUAACAUUUAAAAUAUCUAUUAGUAUGGAUAACAUUUAACAUAAUUUUAAAAGCUAAUAGUUCUAUAAGUUGUAUUAUUAGAGUUAAAAUGUGCCAUGUGAUGGAGUGGUGCUUCCUCUGAGGCAGAAAAACUUUUUUAGGUAUCAUCCACCAAGUGGUACUCAUGCCCAUGUAUACUCUCUUAGUGACCAAGAGAAAGAAAUAAAGAGGCCCAAGUGGUUGGUUCUCCUUUAGACAGUGGUAGGGGAUGAGCAUCUGUUCUUCAGUGACAACACCGGAGAUUCAUCCUGGUAACUGCCUUUUGGGUGAUGGGUGACAUGAGGCAUGGCUUCACCAUGACCACAUUCACCCUUGAUUCAGUUCCUGCCCCCAUUGAUUAUUUGCUUGAGCGUAUAUCUUUGCCCAACACUUUACUAGGUGCUAUAGAGGAUACAUGCAGAGUAUGAGAUCUGGUCCCAUCUAUUAAGAAAUUUUAAUUUAAUAGAGAAGAUCAAACUGUUAUCUGACAAUUAGGUAACAGUCUGACUUCAGUGGCAGCUGGUCUUCACUUCUCAGUUAUUGAUCCAGGAAUAUAUUUCACCCAGAGACAUGGCUUUCUGGCAUACAGGCUUAUUGUACAAUACCAGCAAUAUUUGGAACCCAGAAAUUCAAUUUGUUGCAUCCUUUAGAGCACUUACCUUAGCCUAGACACUGUAACAACAUGAUAUCAGAUUCAUGAAAAUGGAUGGGCAAAAGUGGUUUAAAAAAAAAUUGUUCCCUUUUCACCUCUGAAAGUAUGUUGAUGUGUUAAAGCAGGAGGAAUAUUUAAAAUCUCUCUUCUAAUGGGGUAACAUUUAGAGGAAACAAUGUUAACACCAAGAUGAAUGCUUAGAAAUUCAGGGAUAUUGGGUCUUUACCCUUAUGAAUUUGAGCUGCUUAUUUGAUGUAAUAUGCUACACGUUAGUACUGUGUCCAUGGGGAUUUCGUUCUGUUACCCAUUACAAAUUCCACAAACAGCUAGUUGCAUGGUUAACAGAUUAUUGUCUCUCUUUUGCAAAUCUGAUUAUGCUUCUGGUACUUCUGUGGAUGUAAGUGGUACUUUUGUUUCUUAUUCCAAACACUAGUUUAUGUAUAUAGCAAGUAAAUCCAGUUGUAUAAUUUUUAAAUGUCAACAGUUGAAAGCAUGCAAAACUAUGGUUUUUUGGCUAUAGCUUCUGAUUUUUUCCAGUUCACCUUUUAACUCUUCUGCUUUUAACUCUUCUCUCUGUAGCUGAGUCUUAAUCAUUCCAAGACAAUGGCAGGCAGAAUUUUGAGAUUAAUAUUAAUUUCCCCCUUUGCUAAUUAAUUUCUGCCCCCUCUCACUGAAUUUUUCCAGAAGUGUCAAGAAUCCCACCAUUCUUUGUAUAAGCAAUGUUUAAAAGCAGACUCAGCCAUUAACAUUCUAGACAGUUUUUAGUCCAUGGGAUCAUAUAUAUAAAAUGUUAAACUUUUCCUACAAGAAUCUCUUGGAUUCUUUUCAUAAUCUGUAGCCUCUAAUUAGUAUUUACUAUGUAUUCACUUGGCAAAAGAAAUUGUUUCCUUUAGUAUUGUUAAUAUUUCAGAUUUGCUAUCAGGAGCUAUUCUUCAAAGCCAUCAAAGGAAAUCAAGUAUUUAUAAUUCUUUUUAAUAACUUUUGAGCAUUAGUCGGGCUGUCAUUGUGAUGGGGAAUAUCUUUUUUGUUGUUACAAGUCUCUUAAUGUUAAAGGCCUUUUACAGAAGCUUGGAAAACCAUAAAUGUAGUAUGAUCCCAGAUUUGGUUUAUCCAACCAUGGAAGAAAAAAACCCUGAGUUUACUUGUAAAUAAAUAUACUCUAUAAUAGAUACUAUGUUUGCUGUAAACUGCAAUGUAAAACCUCAAUAAGA